AUGCCGCGUCUCAAUCUUCUCCAGCUGCUCUUCGUCUCGCUGAUGCUUCUAUCGCUUGUCUUUGCGACUGAAUCUCACGAUGACACCUCCCGUGAGUCCCACCAGGGUAUCCUGGCUGGUGUCCAAGGUCAUUCUAGCAAUGCCCUUCAUGACGCCCUCCACGCUCUGUCCAACAAAUUCCGCGACGGCGUCUUCGAAACUGACCUGAGUGCCGCCGAAGCCCUGGAAAAAGAGGAUCAAUCCAUUGCCAGCCUGGUGAAGUUUGUCAAGCGUGAGAGCAAUGCCACUGCCACUCCCGAGCCCACCUCAAGUGCUUCCUCGUCCGAUCCCACCACAUCCAGCAGUGAUACACCCACUACCUCGGACACCCCGACCUCAAGCUCUUCCUCCGACACUCCCACUACUACGAAUAUCCCCACCUCCACCACAACCAAGUCUACCCCAACCACCACUGAGCAACCCACUACCUCUUCAUCCUCUUCAUCUUCCACCGCUCCGACCACCACCAGCACCACUUCAUCUUCUUCUUCUUCUUCUUCUUCCUCCUCCUCUUCGUCAUCGUCUUCAUCUUCCCCCAGCUCAUCGGCUACGACUCUGUCGACCACAACCAGUACGACUUCUUCGUCUUCUUCUACCGAGACCACCCAAACCACCACCGCCCCAGAAAGCUCGUCUACUUCGGUCUUCAAGGCCACCACCACUUUGCCCAAUGGUGACGUGAGCACUCUGACCUCCACCACUAUCGUCAUGGUGCACCCAACUGGUUCGGACGCAACCACUACUGGAGCCGGUCGCGGUAGUCUGCAAACUGGUGCUGCCGCCUUGCCCAACAGCGGCCUCACUCGCGAGGUGGCUGCCAUGGUCGGCGGCGCUAUCGUGGUCGCUAUGGCUCUGUAA